CUUAUUUACAUACGAAAAGUUAUAAUUUAUAUUAUUGAGUCUAAAGCAUGUGAGAUAUACCGAUCAUUAUAGUAAUCCAUCUUUUGAGGAUUGAAUUUACUAACUAUCAGCUGUCAACAGAAGCUGUAUCAGAGUAUGACUAGAAAGAAAAGACAACAAAAGAAAGUUAAUAAAAACGACAAGAAAGUGAAAGAUUUAGAGGAAGAGCAAACCGCUAACAAUAGUAUGACAGAAGAUUCAUUCAAUCAAGAUUUGUUCACUGACGCUAUUGAAGAAAUUGUUCCAGAAGUUGAUGAAGAAGUGAUUAAUGAUAGAUCACAUUUACUUCAAGAGUUAGAGCAUUAUCCGACAUUGAAAUUUGAUAGUUAUGAGCAAGCAGAUCAUGAAAAUUAUGCUGAUAAUGAUAACGGUUAUAGAGUUGAAGGAAAUUCCAAUUCUACUCAUGGGGAAAAGUUAGACUCCUUUUACCGAUUAGAACACCAUAAUCGACGCAGGCACUUUAAUUCAAGGAAUGCAUUUGGAAGAAGAUAUGAAAAACUUGGAAAUGAAUGGAAAUAUCCUUCGAAUAGUGAGGAAAUACAUUCUUCAUUUUAUGGAGCCUUCAAUAAUUAUGCCGCUUCCAAAAUUGAAGAAUGCGAAAAGUUAAUGCAAUUAUUACCUCGACUUGAUGUGAAUUUACAAGAUGUUCCUAAAUAUAAGUUGAAUUGGUUAAUUAAUAUUUACAACCAAGACCCUAAAUGUUUUGGAUCACAUUUCGAAAAUAGCUAUCUUAGAAAAUUUAUUCAAGAAACAUAUAUGAAAAAUGGCGACCAUCCCUUGCUUUAAUUCCUAAUUUUUAUAAAAAGUAUGUUAAAAAAAUUCAUAAAAUUUGCCAAAUAUUUGCUAAAUUAUAAUACUACUCCUAAUCCAUCUUAAUGCAAAAUUAAUAUGUAAUACUUAUUUCUAUGCUUGUAAUUGAAUUUAACAUUGCAUAUCUGGCCACAACCAUUUCAGGUACCGAUUGUUAGAUUAAUUUAACCUCGACUGAUUUAUAGUUAAAUAUUUAGUAAUAUUAUUGUUUAAGUAAUAUAAUUAGCCGUUUAAAAUCUAAUUACAUUUAGUUGUCAGUACUACUGUUUAAGAAUCACGAGAGUCAUAUUAUCGAUUUACCGGGUUUAAGAGGGGGGCAAAGCGCUAGAUACAGCACCGCGCUUAACUCAAUGACUCUUUACCUAAUUAGGAUCGAGGGGCCAACAAAAGGAAAGUAAAAAUAAUCAUAACCGCAAAAAAGUUGGGUCUAAUUUGCAGUUUCCUGUUGACCUC